UGCCAGUGCCAGGACGCUGCUGCCUCUCCACCCUCCGUCGCACACGUUGCUCCCCACCUCCCUUUCUUCUGCAGUUCUGCCCGCUCCCGAAACAAUAUCUCGCCGCGCCCCUCCUCGGCCGCCGCCCCCACGCGCUCGCCUCCGCGUCGCUCGUUUCUGGUGGGCUGAGCGGGCGGUUGCAUCUGCUGUUGGGUGCGGGAUGUCGUCGUUCGCGGUGUCCGGCGCGAGGCUCGGGGCCGUGCGGCCCGGCGGCGGCGGCGGCCCGGCGCGAUCCGGCGGAGAGCGGAGGAGUGGGGUGGACUUGUCGUCGCUGCUCUUCAGGAGGAAGGACUCGUUCUCUCGCACCAUUCUGAGCUGCGCGGGUGCUCCUGGGAAGGUGCUGGUGCCCGGAGGUGGGGGUGAUGACUUGCUGUCCUCAACAGAACCUGCGGUAGACACUCCAGCGCAAUCUGAAGAACCACAGAUACCUGAAGCAAAAGCGGUUGUGGAAGAGGAGGCAACCUCAGCUGCGGAUGAAGCAGCAAUUGAGGCUGAAGAUAAGUCUGAAUCUUCAAAAGUGAUUGAAGGCACUGACGAAACUGACAUUGAUGUGAAACCUCAAGUUGUCCCACCACAAGGAGAUGGACAGCGAAUAUACCAGAUUGACCCAAUGCUAGAAGGAUUUCGGAACCAUCUUGACUACAGAUACAGUGAAUACAAGAGAAUGCGUGCAGUUAUUGAUCAACAUGAAGGUGGCUUGGAUGCAUUUUCUCGUGGUUAUGAAAAGUUGGGAUUUACCCGCAGUGUCGAGGGUAUUACUUACCGAGAAUGGGCUCCCGGAGCACAUUCUGCAGCAUUAGUAGGUGACUUCAACAAUUGGAAUCCAAAUGCAAACAUUAUGACCAGAAAUGAGUAUGGUGUUUAUGAGAUUUUCCUCCCUAAUAAUGCUGAUGGAUCCCCAGCUAUUCCUCAUGGCUCGCGUGUAAAGAUAAGGAUGGAUACACCAUCUGGUGUAAAAGAUUCAAUUUCUGCCUGGAUCAAGUUCUCUGUGCAGGCUCCAGGUGAAAUACCAUACAAUGGUAUAUAUUAUGACCCACCUGAAGAGGAGAAGUAUGUAUUCAAACAUCCUCAACCUAAACGGCCAAAGUCACUACGGAUAUACGAAUCACAUGUUGGAAUGAGUAGCCCGGAACCGAAGAUAAACACAUAUGCUAACUUUAGGGAUGAGGUGCUGCCAAGAAUUAAAAGGCUUGGAUACAAUGCUGUACAGAUAAUGGCAAUCCAGGAACACUCUUAUUAUGCAAGUUUCGGGUACCAUGUUACUAAUUUUUUUGCACCAAGUAGCCGUUUUGGGACUCCAGAGGACUUAAAAUCUUUGAUAGAUAAAGCUCAUGAGCUUGGUUUGCUUGUGCUUAUGGAUAUUGUUCACAGUCAUGCGUCAAAUAAUACCCUGGACGGUUUGAAUGGUUUCGACGGGACUGAUACACAUUACUUCCAUGGUGGUCCACGUGGCCAUCAUUGGAUGUGGGAUUCUCGCCUGUUCAAUUAUGGGAGUUGGGAAGUUUUAAGAUUUCUACUGUCGAACGCAAGAUGGUGGCUUCAAGAAUAUAAGUUUGAUGGGUUCCGAUUUGAUGGGGUGACCUCCAUGAUGUAUACUCACCAUGGAUUACAAGUGUCAUUUACUGGGAACUAUGGUGAGUAUUUUGGAUUUGCCACAGAUGUUGAUGCGGUAGUUUACUUAAUGCUGGUAAAUGAUCUAAUUCAUGGGCUUUAUCCUGAGGCUGUGGCCAUUGGUGAAGAUGUCAGCGGAAUGCCUACAUUUUGUAUUCCUGUUCAAGAUGGUGGUGUUGGUUUUGAUUAUCGCCUACAUAUGGCUGCCCCAGACAAAUGGAUUGAACUCCUGAAGCAAAGUGAUGAAUCUUGGAAAAUGGGUGAUAUUGUCCACACCUUAACAAAUAGAAGGUGGUCAGAGAAGUGUGUCACUUAUGCUGAAAGCCAUGAUCAAGCACUAGUUGGUGACAAGACUAUUGCAUUCUGGUUGAUGGAUAAGGAUAUGUAUGAUUUCAUGGCUCUGGACAGACCUUCAACACCUCGCAUUGAUCGUGGGAUAGCUUUACAUAAAAUGAUUAGGCUUAUCACAAUGGGUUUAGGAGGGGAAGGCUAUCUCAAUUUCAUGGGAAAUGAGUUUGGGCAUCCUGAAUGGAUCGAUUUUCCAAGAGGUCCUCAAAGUCUGUCAAAUGGCUCUGUCAUCCCAGGAAAUAACAAUAGUUUCGAUAAAUGUCGCCGUAGAUUUGACCUUGGAGAUGCAGAUUAUCUCAGAUAUCAUGGUAUGCAGGAGUUUGAUCAGGCAAUGCAGCAUCUUGAGGAAAAAUAUGAAUUUAUGACAUCUGAGCACCAGUAUGUAUCACGGAAACAUGAGGAGGAUAAGGUGAUCAUCUUUGAGAGAGGAGAUUUGAUAUUUGUGUUCAACUUUCACUGGAGCAAUAGCUAUUUUGACUACCGCGUUGGUUGUUUAAAGCCUGGGAAGUACAAGGUGGUCCUAGACUCUGAUGAUGGCCUCUUUGGUGGAUUCAGUCGGCUUGAUCAUGACGCAGAGUACUUCACUGCUGACUGGCUGCAUGACAAUAGGCCGUGUUCUUUCUCCGUGUACGCUCCUAGCAGAACUGCCGUCGUUUAUGCCCGUACAGACUAGGAAGCAACAGCACGAUAUCUGGGGAAGAACCCCAGAGAGCUGGUGGCGUGACAUCGCUGUGCAAUGCAAUCAGAUGCGAUGCUGCCCUGAUGCUGUGAUUUGAGGGGACUGGGCCUGCGCUACUUCACCGCCGCAUGCCAAGAAGAUCAGGUUGAUAGAAAGCUUAUUGACGGGCUCUCGUUUCCGAGUGACUUGUGAAAGAAAAUGAACUGCGCGCACCGCAUUUCCCCGAGCUACACCAGUCACCCCAAUCUGAAAACGUUCCUUGUGGUUUUGUACAUAAUGGAUCUUUCUGAAUCAAUCUGCCCAACGUAAGUGCUUAUUUCCGCUGUA